AUGGGGAUCAAGUUGCUCACCCUGCAAAUGAUCCCCUGGUGUUUCCCGGUGCUGGGCGGCGCCGCCGCCGCCUGGAGCCACCCGGAAGCCCAAGGUGAAGGCGGCGCCGCCGCCGCGCGGCCAGUGAAGCUGAUCAUGGCGGACGGGAGAGUGGAGGUGUUCGACCGUCCGAUGAGCGCGGCGGAGCUGAUGAAGGAGCACCCGAAGCACCUGAUCUGCCGCUCUGACUCCUUCACCAUCGGGCAGAUGAUCCCGGCCCUGCAGGAGGAGGAGCUGCUGAAGCCCGGCCAGGCCUAUUUCCUCCUCCCCCUCCACUUCUUCCAGUCGGUGCUCUCCUUCGUCACCCUCGCCUCCUCCUUCGCCCUCCUGCACCGUCCUUUCGACGUCCUAAAGACCCCCUCCGGGAAGCUGCAGAUCAGGGUCUCCGACGAUUUCAUCGGCAGAGAGAACGGGUCCGCGGAGAAGGGAGGAGGGCCGCCGGGAGGGAGGGUCUGCACAACGGCGGCGCUGGUGAAGGACUACCAGCAGCUGGUGGUCGGAAGCAGAGUGCGGCUGUGGAAACCGAAGCUGGAGACCAUAAGGGAGUCGGAGAGGAGCAGGAGGAGGCUGGUGGCGGUGGGCGCCGCCGCCGCCGCCGCCCUCGGCGAUCUCAGGCAACGGAGGAAGAAAGCCCACCGGGGGAAUCCCCAGGACCAGCAGAAGAAACAGCCGCCGCUGCAGCAGCAGAAGAAGAUACCGAAGCAGCAUAAUGUCUCCAUUUCCGCCGUCUCCUCUCAGCUUCCGAGUUUAGACUCCUCACCGACAGAAGCAGCGAGAUGA